UAAAAGGUUUCGGAAAUUUUAGAAGAUUUCUAAAAAAAGUUUGUAAAAAAUUUUUGUAUUUGUGAUAACAAGUUCAAAUUCGGUAAAAAGUUGUAAAUUGUGAAUAUUUAAAAAUGUUCAUCAGAAAAGUUUCGCAAAAAUCGGCAAAUUUUUAUAGAAAUUCGUUGUUUAAAGUUUGAGUUGUGCUAGUCUUCGCGGGAUAUUUUGAGUUGUGCUAGUCUAGUAUGCGUCAAAUGAGUUAUGAUACUUAUGACGGGAAAUUUGAACAGUGCUACUCUUCGUAGGGAGAUACGAUAUACACUUACUCGUUAUCGGCGCGGCAUCUUAGUAACAUGGUCUCGAAGUCAAGAGUAGAAAUUCAAAUUUUAUAUUUAUAAUAUAACACUUCUCAAAAAUGGUUCUGGUUUAUAUCUUAAAGCUUAUUUCGUAUUAUCUGUGAUUCGACACGGUCUGUUAUUUAGCUUGUUGUAAACGUUUUAUAUUUAUAUUUGGUUAUUCAGGGUUAUUGGGUUAAUUCUCAGAUUUCGGGGCCCCCCAGAACCUCGGGGCCCUAGGCCUGGGCCUACUAGGCCUCUAUACAAAGACGCCCCUGAUCUUACUCUUUCUUUCAAAUAAAAAAUAAGACAUAUAGGCGCACAGUUCUUUCUGACGAUGCGAUGUUGAUGUGCUGAUAUGCUUUAUACCGUGAUCCAAGCUAAUAUUGAUAGUUACUGGGUUGAUCUGAAACUUAAAAAUAAAUAAAUAACAAUGUCGGGUUCCGAGGAAACAACGUCGGUGAAAAUUGAAUUUAAAAAGAAAAGUCGCAAACCUCUAAGAAAACGACGUGCAUCAUCUGAUGAAAGCAACAGUGAUGAAGAAGAAACAGGGGUUAGGUCAAAGUUGGAGGAGUUGAAAACGCUGCAAAGACUGAGGGAAAGGCCCAAAGGCGUAAACAUCGCUGGAUUAGCUUUGGGGGAAGUUGUGAAUGAUUCAAUAGCUGCUUCAGAUCCAUUCAAUGUCAAAACUGGUGGAAUGGUAAAUAUGGCAGCGUUGAAAAAUGUCAGCAAGCAAGACGAUGCCUAUGACACUGGCAUUGGUACUCAAUUUAACGCAGAGACAAAUAAGCGAGAUGAAGAUGAAGAGAUGGUUAAAUAUAUAGAGGAACAACUGUCAAAAAGAAAAAAUAAAAAUAACGGUGAAAAAGAGGAUGAGUCAAAUAAAAAUAAGCCAACAUACUGUUCUCCAGAAGAAGCAGCUCUUCAAGCAGUACCUGAACAUUUGAGACAAAGUUCUACCCAUAAAAGUGAAGAGAUGUUAUCUAAUCAAAUGCUUUCUGGUAUCCCUGAAGUUGAUCUUGGUAUAGAAGCUAAAAUUCGAAAUAUUGAAGCUACAGAGGAAGCCAAGUUAAAACUUUUAUGGGAUAGACACAGGAAAAAAGACGGACCAUCGCAAUUCGUGCCUACAAAUAUGGCGGUGAAUUUUGUACAGCAUAAUAGAUUUAAUAUUGAGGAUGCAGACGCGCAAAAACGAAAACAAGAUGCCGCCGCAAAAAGGCACGCAGCCCAAGCAUCGCACUCUAAAGAGAAACGCAAAGAUAACGACGAAAAGGCUACUGAUGACUACCAUUACGAAAGAUUUAAAAAACAAUUUCGGAGAUUUUAGAGUAUUAUUACAUUAGGAAACUAAAAUAAUGAUGUAUAGAAAUCAUAUAUAAUUUUUUUAUACGUAAGCUCGAUUGCGAAAAGAGACCUUUUGUAAAUAAGAAUAUAGAACGAAAACAAAAAGUGUUUGAAAAAUUCAAC